CGAAAGGCACAGAACUGUUCAAACGUUUCAAUCGUGUGUUUCAAAAAUAAAUUACAAUUUAGAAAAUAUUAAUUAAAUUAAAAAUAGUGCUAUAAUAAGCUUGCAGAAAUGGUUAACGAAAAAGCUGUUCUUGAAAUUGGACAGUCGGGAAGAGAUACAAUUUUUGGAUUAUACCUAAAAUGGAAUAGUCAUUGUUCAGAAGCACUUGCUCGAUCAGAAGAUAAGCUUUUCUCAAAAAUAGCAAAGCCCUUUAAAAGAUAUCAUGUCAAAAUCGGAAAAUGCGUGGGAAAUGACGAUAAAAUCUGGACAUUUGAGAUGAAUACCGACAAUACAAAAGUUCCAAUAGUCUUACUACAUGGAUUCGGCGCUGGAAUGGCUUUUUGGGCAUUAAAUUUGGAAACACUUGGCGAAUAUCAUCCAAUAUAUGCAUUUGAUAUUCUAGGAUUAGCACGAAGCUCGCGACCAAUAUUUUCUAAUGAUCCACACAAGAUUGAAGAGGAAUUCGUCAUGUCAAUCGAGAAAUGGCGUGAAGCAAUGAAUUUUGAGAAAAUAAUCUUAGUGGCUCAUUCAUGGGGAGGAUUUUUAUCAACAUCUUAUGCAUUAAAAUAUUCUAAGCACUUAGAGCACCUAAUUUUAGUUGAUCCGUGGGGUUUGGACGAUGAACCUGAUAUGGCUGAUUUUCCACUCUGGAAGUUGUCAGCAGCUUAUGGUGUUCGUCUUUUAGAAGGAUGCUUUUCAGUGGUUCGAGCUUUUGGUCCUUUGGGUACUUGGCUGAUUAAGAACGUACGACCUGAUAUUCUUCAAAAAUAUAAUUCCAUCGUCGAUCAAUCUGUGAUGUGCGAGUAUAUUUAUCACUGCGUAAACAAUAAUAAUCCAACGGGUGAACAAGCUUUUCAUAGAAUGACACGUGUUGGUCCAUGGCCAAUAAAUCCAAUCGGCGAGAGAAUGAAAAAUCUAGAUGACAACCUUCCACUCACAUUUUUAUAUGGCUCAAGGUCAUGGACGAGUAAAACUUAUGGCUAUAUACUCAAAGAAUGUAGAGGCGAAAAUUCAUACACAAAAGUCAAAAUCAUCGCAAAUGCUGGUCAUCAUAUUUAUUCAGACAAUCCAGAGGACUUCCAUGAUGCUGUUUUGGAGGCUUGUAAAACUUUGAAAUCCAACAGGAACAAUUGAAUUGGGAUUUAAAUGCUCAUGGGGAGCUUCAUUUGUGAUUUUUAUUAAUAUUUGUAAAUUAAAUUGUAAUAAACGGAAGUGGAUUUAA